CAAACAAUCAGGAUAUUUUACCAUCCCUAGUUUAUUUGCCCAUCUGAUAUCUCUGUUGCAUUCAAAGGCUUUUACACAGUUUUAUUUCUUAAAUCCCUGGCUCAUGAUAAGAGUCCCAGGAACUGAUCUACCCACCUGGCGAGCCGUGGCUGCUUCACUUUAAUCCAUCCCGCCGCUUUUUACCAUGAAAAAUGACUACGCCCACGAAUAAUCCAAAUUCUCGAACUCCACUUGGUUCUAGUGGAGCUCCACCGAUGAGGAUCCGUCGUCCAAAAGUAGCAGAUCCAUUAGUACGACCAAAGAGAAAACCCACGGCCAGACCGGCAGUCCCUCCAUCAGCAGGAAAUGGCGCUGCUCCGAAACCACUGCCUGCUCGGCCUAUCGUUCCUAAUGUCCAACCCGGGUCUCUUUUGGAGAAACCUAAACUUGCAUCCGCGACAGACCACCUUGCAGUGAAUGGUUUCAGCGGCCCUUUACUAUCUGAUACCUAUGUGGAUUACCCGCUGGUAACAACAAAGCGAGCACUGCGCGAAAGCUUGAAGCAUCAUAUAGCUAGGUUUGCAUCUAAAAAGAAUAUUGAUCCCCGGGAUGAAGGUCAAUUCACUCGGCCAGUCAGACUUCAACGCCGAGAUCCUAGGGCAAAAUCGCAAGAAAUCAACGCCGAAAGGGGCCAAGGCAACCAGAAGGAAGCCUCUGAAUCCAGCCAGCAGAUGGAUGAUCUAGAGCGCGAGGAGCUAGAGGCUAGGAAAACUGCGCGCGAGAAAGAGCGCGCAGACAACCUGGCUCAGAUAGCCCCUUCGAUUGGGUCAGCGCCAAAACGGUCUAAUGCACCGAAGCAAAAGACGCAGCAGGUUUUCAAAACAGACAUGACUCCCGAAGAAAUUGCGAGAGCACGGAUAAAGUACGAAGAAGCGUUGCCCUGGCACCUAGAGGAUUUUGACAGCAAAAAUAUCUGGGUGGGAAAUUAUGAAGCCGCUUUAUCAGAAACGCAUGCUGUAUUUGUACUCGAGAACACAGGCAAGAUGAGAAUGAUUCCAGUGGAGAAAUGGUAUAAGUUCAAUGCGAAAAGUCAGUUCAAGGCUUUGACAAUCGAAGAAGCGGAGAAAUUCAUGGCGAAGAAAAUAAAGGAUCCCAGAUGGUUCAUGGAAAAGCAACAGGAACAAGCUCAACAAAAGGAGUUGGAAACCUUUGCCAAGCAGCGCAAGGUUUACGCCGGUAAACAAGGAGCCCCUGCUGGUGUUGAAGGCUUGGAAGCAGAUGAGAUGGAUUUCGAAGAGGAUAGGUUUGCUGAUGAUGAAGAGCACGAUGAUCUUUUCAAUGAUGAUGAGGAUGCAAAAGCGGCAGAAAAAAGGAUCAAACAAGACCAGUUGAAAGCGAAUGUCUUUGACUUGAAGGAGGAAAAAGAGUACGAAGAAGAGGAACUGAGAGAGAUGAAAGAAAAAGAGGCUCGGCGAGUUCUAGGCAAGGGAGUGCGGAAAGCUCUCAAGAAAAGAGAAAAGAACUACGACUAUAGUAGUGGUUCUGAUGUGAAUCCUUACUCUGACGAAGAGAGCUCAGAUGAAAGCGAAUCUGAGAGGCUCAAGGAGGAAGAACGGAAAGCCGAAGAAGAAAAGAGCAAAAAGGAACCAGCCAUAUCCUCAAAGGGCAGCAAUACACCCUCGGGUCGUCCCAAGCAUACUGAUUCCCUUAAGAAAGGAACAACUACUGCAUCUCGGAAACGGCUUGGGUCCCCUAACGGUUCCGAUGCAAGUGGUACAGAUACGUCCCGUAAGAAAACGAAGAGCAAGUAUCCAUCUUCUCAGCCUACGCCCCAGCCAGGUUCUCGUCCUAUGUCUCCAUCUGCAUCAUCUGCAGUACCCGGUAGCAAGAAACGUGCUCGAAAUGUACCUGUUGGUGGUGCAGGGCCCAGCGACGUGGAUGGAGGCGCAGGCUCCGGGGGGGAAAUAAGCGAGAAUGGAAAGACGAAGAAAUUAAAGCUUAACCCUCCUGCAAUAUCCUCUCAGAGUGGCACACCACAAGGGUCCAGGGCCGCCAGUCCGACACCCUUGGGCAAUAAAAGCUUCUCUGGGAGUCGUGCUAGUAGCCCGGAAGGAGGUUCGAUCAAAAGUCAAGUUCGAGUCUCGACACCUGGACCUUCUGGCCAGAGUUUUCCUACCCCAGCAGAGAUCCAUGCUGCUAUUCCACCAUCCGGUAUUCUCAGCGGUGAUUUACUUAGAAUCUUUCGCCCACGUAUGGGUGAAUCAAAAGAUAACCACAGAAGAUUCAUUGCUAUUGUCAAAGACGUGAGUGUUUAUGGCAAAGAGGAUAGAUUGCUACGCCCGGGCACACUGAAGGAGACCUAAACCUAGGAAAUUGUUUAUAUCACUCACAUAUUCAAGAAGGGUUCUGUAAUUCAAAGAUCCUGUUUUAAAUUAAUCAAAGUCUUUUUCAUCAUGGC